AUGGAUUUUAUAUCAUUUGCUCAAUCAAUGUCUAAUUAUAAAGACAGUCCUAAAGGAGUACCGGGUAAUCCGUUCCCAUCAAGGCCCUGGUUACAGGAUCGUGCUGCUGCUGCUCCAGCAUCAUCUAAUAUUGGAGUCAAAGGAAUCAUUGCCGGAGGAAUAACUGGUGGUAUUGAGAUUUGUAUCACAUACCCAACGGAAUAUGUUAAGACGCAAUUACAAUUAGAUGGGAAAGCUGGUGCUGGUAAACAGUACUCAGGAAUAUGGGACUGUGUCACAAAAACAGUAAAAACAAAUGGAUUUUUUGGCCUAUAUCGUGGCCUACCUGUUCUUCUUUAUGGUUCUAUACCAAAGUCAGCUGUGCGAUUUGGUGCAUUUGAAACCGUUAAAAAUCAGCUAGUUGAUGCUGAUGGUUCAUUAAACGCACAACGUCGGCUUUUAGCUGGUCUAUGUGCUGGUAUUUGUGAAGCAAUACUUGCUGUUACACCAAUGGAAACUGUCAAAGUUAAAUUUAUCAAUGAUCAACGAUCUGCUAAUCCUCAAUUUCGUAGUUUUUUUCAUGGAGUUAAGCUUAUUGUAAAAGAACAAGGUUUGAAAGGGGUCUAUCAAGGAGUAGUGCCGACAAUAAUGAAACAGGGUUCUAAUCAAGCUAUAAGAUUUUUUGUUAUGGAGACAAUGAAAGAUUGGUAUCGUGGUGGAGACAAUAACAAACAAGUACCUAAGGUGGUUGUCGGUAUAUUUGGAGCUUGCGCUGGUGCUGCAUCAGUAUUUGGAAAUACUCCAAUCGAUGUGGUGAAAACAAGGAUGCAGGGUUUGGAAGCAUAUAAAUACAAAGGAAGUGUAGAUUGCGCUGUACAAGUUUGGAAAAAAGAAGGUCCACGUGCAUUUUACAAAGGAACUGUUCCACGAUUAGGAAGAGUAUGUCUUGAUGUUGCCAUAACAUUUAUGAUUUAUGAUUCAUUUAUGGAUCUCUUUAAGAAAGUAUGGCCAUAA